AGAGGCUUCUUUUCUUAACAGAGUAAAGUUCUCCAAUUGAUCUUUCCAAGUGGAAUAAAGAAAUCUUAUCGUGUGUGUCUUGACAUGACCGUGAAGCAACUGGUGAUGAGAGUCUGUUCACGAGAAAAUCUCAACCCUCGACACCACUCUCUGCAGUAUAUAGACUUUAAACAUGAAUUUAUCGAUACAAGUAGCACUGUGGAUGAAAUUGAAGUCAAACAAGUUAGAUUAAUGGAUAAAAGAGUGUUAAGGCGUAACAGCGGUAACACCCUCACAAUAACCAACAGCUCUGUAACUGAUGAUGACGCGACAUCUAAUGAUCCGCUUAACAACACUCACCUGAGAAAAAGCUGUGGUGAUGAAAUGGAAGCAGAUAAUUCUCUACCAGGCGAGGACAAGGAAAGCAAGAUUACACUGCCGCAAAGAAGCAAGUCCUUAGAAGGACUUUCCGAUGAUAAACAUGAGAAUGCACAAAAGCACUCGUCGUCCAAUGGUUGUGUUCCGCCCUCAAUGAGACGAAUGGAUGGUGAACAUUCCAGCUCGAAGAAGCCUCCAAUACGCCCCUUACAACCGCAGUCUUCUAAAUCUGUGACUCCUCCCAAAAACCAGACAGGUCACGUGUCAAACGGUGCACUCAAAGAGCUUCCCUUAAGCCCGUUGAAGAGCGAUAUAAUGUACGCUUCUUCUCCGGAACUGAGCGUUUGCUCUAAAAAAUCGAACGAAUCUCUUGUAUUUAAUGGCAACAUAAAGACGUCAACACCAGACACGAAACGCAAGCGUAGGGCUGCUCCGCCCCCUCCCCCGCGCCCUGCUGCUCCCAAGGCGCUUUUUACUGAAAAGAAAACGGAUAUCCACGCUAACGGUGCUGCUGUGAAGACGAACCCUCCUUCGAUGGCAAGUUCCACUACUCCUCAAGUCUCUGCCGCAAGUGACGGUAAACUGAAAACGAGUAACAAGAAAAGACCUGCCCCUCCAAGGCCCGACAGGCCCCCUCCCCCUCAGCUAGCACCCAGAUUAACUACGCAGGGGUCCCAGGGAAGAAAAGACGUAGCGGAAGACAAAAGAGAGAAGGACGCGAGCGUUCUCUUGGAACAAAACAAGGGAAUCACAAGGAGGCCAGAUCGUCUGCCAUUGCCACCGAAAGUGGAAAGGCAUCGAUCUGACAGUCAAGAAGAAGUUGAUGGGAAUAACAGGAGGGGUUUGCCCAUUUUUAUCCCUCCUCCCCCACCAGACGAGUUGCCCCCUCCACUUGACGAGUGCGAAACUCCUGUUGGACCUUUGACCGAUAUAGAAGCUGACAUAUUGGAAGGGGCUGUGACUGAUGGCUUCCCGAUGACAAUGAACGGUCUUGUUGGAAUACAUGAAAUUGGAAUGUUUGCUGUUAGCGGUAUCAAUGAUGCGCGGGCUCAAGCCAUUCAGGCAGAACCCGAUGAAGAGCAGGAGAGUAAAGAGCACAGGACGCCAAAGGCAAAACAGGAAGUUUCACUAGCGCCUGCUCCUGAACAAGAGACAUUGCCCGUAGUUCCACCUCCACCGUUUUACUCUGAGCCUGAAUCUUUACAGGACACCACGCAGCUCAACGCCGACAAAACACCAUUGGUACCCCCACCUGUGGUUCCUAAAUCAGUUUUCGAUGAUAUCCCUCCUCCUGUAAUCGAAGCUCAGACAGUACAAACGGGCCUAGAGAACGACGUCAAGGAUCACGAUUCAGGGUUUGAUCAAGGCCCCGAGAGCCUUAUCAUAACUCCUCCUUUAGACCAGGCGAAAGAUGUUCCUUUGGAGCACAGAGAGGAUCCUGACUCUGGGUCUAGUUUGGAUGUGGUUAGUACCAUUCCGCCACCAGCGGAUUUUGAAACGCGGCCACUUACCCCUCCCUGCCAGUUUGCUAAUCCUACGAUGGCACCCCCUGAGGAGUUUAUAUAUGUGGAGGAUGGUAAAAAUGAAGAAGAGCUGCCUAAGGAAGAAAAACUUGGGAAGAAACUUAACAUUAACGAAGGUUUGUUACCCUGGGUGGACGAAACACAAGCGUCUUUUGAUGCUACUAUACCUCCCGAGGUAUCCAAUGACAGAGAGAAUGAGUGGGUGGUUGUUACCGUAAAUACAGAAGAAAGUACCCCUAUAAAUGAAAAUCAGUCGGAGCAUUGUGUUUAUAAGGAGGCUGUGGAGACGAAAAGUCUUGACAUAUCAAGAGCAAUAGGUGUCACCGAUGUCUUUCCUAAACCAACAGCUCAAGAAGGAGUCAACAAUCACGGUGAAGUUUCGACAGCUCCAGAAAUUUUCAAGAACGCAGAAAGAACAACUGUGACCGAGAAGCAAAGUUUAGGAAUACAGAGGAGUAUAUCCUCUGAUAAGAACAAGGACAUGGUUACAUCACAAACUAUUGACGUGAAGGAAUCAUGCAAAGUCGAAUCCAACGAAGUCAUCCUUAAAGAUGAGAACUCUAGACGGGGUGAACAAUCUGGAUCGAAACAAUUUUCAAACACGAUUGUAAAACCGGUUGAACCAGAAGGGGGGUCGAUUUCGAUUGUCAGAGAAACAGAAAUCCAAGUUAAAGCCGGAGUGAACAUACAACAGUAUUCACUACCAGCGCUGACAGAAGAUGUAAAGCAAGACUUCCAAGUUAAACCUGCAAAACCUGCUCUUCAGGUUAAACCUCCAAAACCAGACCUGCAGGUUAAACCUGGAAAGCCGGAGGUAAAAGAAAAGCCUGUGACAAUAAUCCAAGAAGCAGUGGUCAAAGUUGUACCGGAAGCAGUGAAUUUACGUACCGAACUAGAGAGACCAGACCCACAAGAAGUGCGUGGAAAUUUUGAAAAACAUUCUAAGCCUGAAAAACCAGAAAUCAAAGCUAAACCAGUCGCGCCAGUCAAAGAGGCCGAGGGUAUGUUUGAUGUCCAGAGGAAUGCCCCCCUAGAAGCUGCAAAACAGGAACCAGGUGUCAAAAUGAAACAACCAAAAGAAAUUGCUCUUAACUCCGAAAAGCUGGAAGCACGAGCUAAACCUAGUCACCUUGUCAGAGAUAAGGAAUUCAGCGAUAUUAAUUCUAACGCAGUAGUCAUCAAGGUAGAGUCACUUGUGAGACCGGAAGAACUUGAAUCAAACGUGGAGCUAGCGUCUGUCACAGAAGCAGAAGUCAAAGUCGACACUCAGCAUGUUAGACCCUUGUCAUUCAAUUCAGCCGCGGAAGCUUUCAGGCCAAAUGUAAAAAUUCCGCCAGUUGAACAGGAUCAGCAAGUUAAAGCUGAAUUACCAGAACAAGUAACAACGUAUCCUAUUGAAGAGGUCACUACACAGCAGUCAAAACCCGAAGUUCAAAUGUGUUUCACCACUUUUAAAGAGGAACAGAAUGACCAUCCGACUGCCCUUCCACAGAGCGAGCCCCCAAAGGAAGUUACUGUAGCUGGACAAACUCUGUUUGCGCAAGAAACUCCUUUAGAAACUGUAUCAGUAGAGAGGAUAGAAGUUGUCGCAGAAGCCCCUGUUACUCCACAAACCAAACUUGUCUCCUCUCCUGGCGAUAAGUUUAAAGAUUUAGAAGCAAAACUACAGAAGUUAGAUGAAAAGACGGUGACUUCUUCCCCUGACUUCAACAAGUUAGAGAGUAUGGCAAUUCCUGCACCUUACAAGGAUGCAACUCCCACUGUGCAAAUUAAGGACCCGUUCUCCGAAGAUAUUAUCGUGGCUGAGAUGAAAGAAGUAGAGUCGUCAGAUUACGAAUAUUAUGAAGCGCUGUUUAAGAUGGAAACAGCUGAAAAGUCCAGCGGUGAAGUAUCAACCAUGCAGUCUAUGCAGAAAGGUAACGUCGUCACAGAGAGGCAACCAUCUGUUCAGGAUAGUUUUACGACACAUAUGGACCUCAAUUCCGAGCUCAGCUUAGAUUUUAAAUCCUUCAGACAAUCUCCUGAACUACCGCGUCCCCCGUCAUCAUCUCCACCGUCUGUUUCGCCGCGUGGCUCCACUUUGCCUUCGCCAACUGCAUUAAACAGCGACCGGUCAACUGACUCUGGAUUUUCGCCGUCUGAGGAGCCCAAAGGUCCAGCGUCACCGGAUAGGAAAACGUUCGAAGUCAACUCGCUUUCUACCUCAGGCACAAUGGCCGUCCAGGCUCAAACGGUGAGUACCACACCGAGUGAAGAACGACGCCCAAAGUCUGUACAAGCAUUUUCUGCGACACAAACGGAUGUGAAAGUGGAUACUGGGUCUGUGCAAGUAACCAAGCCGCACCUUUCAAAACGUCCCGUGGAAGUAUCUUCAAAACUUCAGCGACCACUAAGUAUGCCUGCAGGUAUUGUAACCGGAGAUCUCAAAAGCGAAGUUGUUCAAGACUACAGCAAAAUAACAGAGGCCCAAGCAAGAAAAUCUAGUUCGUCUUACUCCACUGAUGGUUCCUCCCCAUCACCCGGAUCAUCUCCCGUUGACAGCUCCAAGACUGAACUCGUGGACCUUCCCAAACCUCCACCUUUUACUGUUCCCCCUCUCCGACGCUACUCCGAUCUUGCUGCUGACCUCAGUUUCAUUUCAUCUGCGGCCAAGGCAGCAGAGAAAUCAAACGUGUCUGAAUCCAAAGUGGACGUCCCUGCGAAGCCACCGAAUCUGUUACUGAAGAGAAAUCCAGGUACUGCUGUGGAAAGGCCUCGGAGCUGGGUGGGGCCUGAGACCGACAACAAGAAGAAGCCCUUGUUUGGGGGGUCAGCAUUCAAACCUGUGUCGUUCAAUGCGCAAGGUAAAAAGAGUGUUCGUCCGAUUGAAUUUCAAGUGAAGUCAUUUACUCCACCAUCCGCCGCUCCAAAGCAAGCAACUUCCUCAUCUACAUCGUAUGCAGACUCCGCAACCUCGGUUCAUAGCACGUUUUCAGUAACAGAGAGAGUGGGGGACAAUGCUGAACUGGAGAAGACUUCAAAGCCAGCACCUUCUGUCCGAAGCAAGCCUACUGUAGCUAAACGCACAGCUUCCAGGGUUUCAUCGUUACCGCAAGAAGAAUUGUCCUCUCAUCAACAUGGUAAACCUGUUCCUAAGCUCGAAAGAUCGACUAGUAUCCCAGAGACAAAGAAAACAGAACCCAUUGCAACUAAAUAUGAAAUAGUCUACUCGAACAAACAUUCUACGUCGCAGGGCAGUUCCAAAGACACCUCAGAUAGGGGUUCGCGUUCAGAUUUGCCGAGCCCUGUUAUAUUGCGUGACCAAACAGUUGGUCCAAGCGGAGUAACGCCAGGCAGGCCUCACUCUGCAAUUUUAACUGGGUCCAAGUUUCACAUAAUCCCAGCUGAUGAAAAACUUGCAAGUAGAACAGUUGCUACAGAUGCUAAUAAACCUGCCACUGUUCAACCCAAGGGUGUGUCUUGGACUCAAGCUAAGCACCAGACGAAUGAAGAAAACAAACCGGUGUUGCAACCUUCAACUACAACUAAACCGCUACCAUCCGCGAAAACGGCUGCAGGAGCUGACACCAAACCACUUCCGGCUGUAGUGAGGAGAGCCAAAGCUGAGAAUUUUGAUCCUACCAAGAGGCAUUCUCUUCCCAGUUACGUGAUUGAAGGAGCCGAUGGAAAAAAAUCAAGUAUCAAGAAAAGUGGCAACGUGGAGACUAAGUUCCAUUUCAUCGUGAAGGAAGCAGACACCGAUACAACUGUAGUACCCCGAGGAGUGGUAGCAGCAAUGAAAGCCUUGAGAGAGCAACAGGGAACACCGGAAGGAAACUGAUGGAAAUACCCGUGAAUGUCACGAUGUGAGCUGGAUCUUGAGUAAACACAGUGUGUUUAAAUCAUGUCGCAUUGGUGGCUGCAUCUUAUCGUUUCAACGAAAGACAAAGAAGUUUAUUAAAUCAACACAAGGGUUUCGUUGUUGAGCCCGAAAAUUUCUCCCACGUGACUCUUACGGUUAGAAACCAAGUCGGGGGGCAAAGCUGGUUUGAAUCUGCGCUAUGGUUAGACAGCUCUUAUAUGUAGAAUUUAGUAUGGGCACCCAGGUAUGGAGGUUUAUUGAAUAAGCUCCUUUUAUGAUUCGUUUAUUAAAUUGACUUAAACGAGUUCUAAACGUUGACCUGUGCACGAAUAGGGGCUCUCUUUGCAUGAAUUAGUAAACGGCAACGGUUUCUGUGACGGUAACACUAUCGUGUAAAUCAUAGCAUCGAUUUGCAGGUGACAGUCACUUUAAGACUUAAAGUUUGCUACUGUUUUGGAUGUAUGAAGUCUGAUUUGAAAAAAAAAAAGAACAUCUCAAUCAAUAGAUGAGAUUAUCUAGUUACCGCACAGGGUACCGUGAUUUUAUUUACCGUAUCAUUGUGAGAAUACUGCGUCAAUAUGGACUCGCUGGGUCACGGUUUUUUUUCUUGCACCAGGAGCAUAAAUGUACUUAAUGAGUUAAUUAACGAAAGGAAUUAUCUAAGACACGUAUUCGCCUCGUUGAAGUGUUGGUACACUAUAAUAUAAUAUUUUCAGUGUCUAACACAAUAUAUAUUCGAGAGCAUUAGCAUUAGUUUCUAUAACUAAAGUGGUUCAUUUGCCACUCAAUACAGUGCGUCUAGUAAUGUUACUAUCCGAUCCAUGGUCUUUCUCUUUUGGGGCCUGUCGAAUUGAGAAGAUUUUUUUCAAAGUGCGGAAAUAUUGUUUGGGCAGUUACCUAAACUCCGGAUUUGUUUCUACGAUUAAUGAUGGGUGUAAAAUACUGAAAAGUCAAGUCGACGAGAUGUAAAGACCAAUCAUGUAACAGUUUGUAAGGUAUUACAACUGCUGAGAUUCAGAUUUAUUUAUGAAUGGCAUUUACAAGAAAUAAGGUUUUUCGUUAUCGUCGUAGAGCGAAGUCGCUUUCUACAGCUUCUAGGUGGUGAUAAAUACGUUGGUUUUUUUCUUCUGAAGUUAUAAAUUUUGUGGUUUCCGUUGAAGAGAAAUUCUGGAUUGUGUAAAUUUUGCGUAUGUAUUAGUUUGCAUUAUAGAUGAAAUUGUCCAAAAAAUGUAAAAAAGCGAUCCAAGUGUAUAGCGCUGUAGCGAAAUUUGGAUUAAGUAAGAAAAUUGAAUUUGUGAUUACUUUUGUAUAAGGUCAAAUGAAUAUAAUUAUUUUGUUUGAGUAUUUCUUUUUUUUGUUUUUGGUAAGAUCAUGUUUACCGUUUUUUUCUUUAGUGAUUGUAUAAAAUGAGGAAAUAUAUUUGUGAUUAAAAUUUUUCUACCUUGAUAUGUCCAAUAUAGAUGAAAAUAAUUAUUUUGUGCUAUUAGAAAGAUACAAAGUCACGAAUAAAACAAAUGUUGAAUCGA